AUGGAUCAGGUGAAUCAGGCACAGGUCCCUUCGGCAGAGACCAAGCCCAAUGGGGGCAGGCCCCACAUUUGCUGUGCGCCCCCUCCCCGCGCCCCCAGCUCGCUGGGCAGCCCCACGCUGCUGGUCAGGGCCAAGCCCCGCCGGAGCAGCCCCGAGCCGGGCCAGCCCGCCGACAGCGAGCCCUGCGCGGCCGAGCCGAGCCGGGACCACCCCCGGGAUGGCAGCGAGCCCUGCCCGUCGGACACAGCCCCCGAUGGCGGCUGGCUCAGCGCCGACGAGUCCUCGGGCUACGAGAGCGAGAGCGCGGGCGCGGAGCGCGGCGAGGCCGCGGCGGCGGGCGGGGGCCGCGGGCGGCAGCGGCGGGCGCGCACCGCCUUCACCUCGGAGCAGGUCUGCCGCCUGGAGAAAACCUUCCAGAGACACAAGUACCUCGGCGCCACGGAGCGCAGGAAGCUGGCGGCUGCCUUGCAGCUCUCGGAGAUCCAGAUUAAGACCUGGUUUCAGAACCGGAGGAUGAAACUGAAGCGACAGAUCCAGGACCACCAGCACAGCCUCGUGUCCCCGGUUCCGUUCCACAGCUACGCCCCGGGGCCCUCCCCAGCUCUGUUUCAGGAUGGUCUCCACUACCCCUUUGCUGCCCAGCACCAGAGACUCCUGCCUUUCACCCCGGUGCCUGCUGUGCAGUUCAGCUUCUCCUUUCCCAGAUACGACGCAUCCCAAAGCGCCUACCACUUAAUGGCAAAUGAACUGCCCUACUACCAUCAGCACCUGCUUCCUCAUCCUUCUUUCCAUCCCAUUCUUCAGAACAAAAUGGACACGCAAUGCCACCCAGUAUAUGCAUUAUAGUGAUAGAAAAGUGUUUUAUACUGUAAUGUAUUUUAUGCUCAGAAUCCCU